ACAUCAACAUCACUCCUACUCAAAAAAUGGAAGUGAGGGAAGCUACGCGCACAUCCUCUUCUUCGCAGGAAUCUGAUCUGCUUGACCGGAGUGUCAGGAAGAUCAAAGAUGAUUUUGCACGCCCAGAUAUCGGCACUACUGGAGUUGCCUCUUACAAGGAUAAACUGCUAGUUGCGGAAAAUCCUAUUGCUCUUACAUUCUUUACGGUGCCGGAGUAUAUGGAAGAAGACUCUGAUACGGAUGAUGACCCAGAUGAUGACACACCCGUUGUUCUGCUCUCCAAAGCAGAGAAACAGAGGAUUCGUGCUCCUUGGAUGAACGCCUUGAUUAUAAAGGCUUUCUACCAUAAGCCACUCGGCUACAGCUAUAUAUACCCAAGGCAAGAUCCUAUACCUACCCUUACUUUGAUCAAAGUUAACCAGAAAAGAGGUAAGAACACCAUUGACUUAUCAUCUAUUGAGGAACAUGAACAGAAGGAGUUCGGACCAUGUCUUCUAGUUGAACGACGACGUCCUCGUCGGAAAGUAUCCUCCUCAGUGGAAACUCCGCAAAAACAGGCUGCCGGAAUCUGCCAUAGCAAGGAGAACCGUAGUGGAAAUGUCCUCACCCGAAAACCCGGGUCGGGUGCCCGAAAUCCUACUAGUACAAGCCACAACGGUAACACUGCUACAACAUUUAAUGCAAGUCAGAAACCCAACGGGCAACUUGCUACGGCACAAGAUACUGAACCUGUGAAUUCAAAUGGGAAGCAAACAGUGCAUCUAUCUAAGGGGAAAAGUAUUAAGCCCGAUGUGGGCCACAGAUCUACUUAUUUGGCCUCAAACCAAAAUGGGAUUGCAUCACCUUUGUUAGCCCAAAAAGACAUCCAAACUAUGUGCAUGGCUUCGGUGAAGCCCACCCCUUGUACCACUCCUUCGGAUAUUGACUCGAUUUCCCACAAACCACAACAUCCUCCGACCUUAUCCUCAAACCACCCCUUCUUCUCUAUUAAGGUUCUCAGAUCCUCUACUGAUGGAGAACCCAUUCCAAGAGUUAGUCACAAACCCCAGGAUCCAGGUGGUUCUAGCAAGCAAUGGAAAGUUUUUGCCGCUGGAGACAGCAAUGUUCUUUCUACAACAACCAGACUUCCUGGGGCCUCAACCAUGGAGCGAACAUCGAACAAUGCGAGCAUGGUGAAGCCCGCUAGUCUUAAAAAAAGAGUUGAAUCCCUAGGAUUUCAUCCACUUGAUGCAGAUCCCAACUCUGGAAACGCCAACGAGGUCAGAUCUACUCUCCGUUUGGGACUUAAAUUUCAACGCAGGAAGCACCUCAAUAGGCAGAAUAGUUGGCCUUAUCAAACCACACAAACUGUGUUUUCCCCUGAACCACCCAUACUGCAGCUACCUGCACUUGUUGGGCUCAAUGAAAAUGGUAUACCUGUUCACCCGAAUCCUUCCACAUCCCCAAAUCCAAAGGGAGAUGGAGUACGAGAUCACAGUGUUACCGUUCCAUUUUCCGAAUGCCCAGAUGGUAGGCAAUGUGCCAAGCGAGAACUCAAUGAUCCUCAACCACAGAAUUUCAUGCGCCAUUUCAGGGAUUUAAAGAACAGUCAUGCUCCUGUAAUGAUGCUAAUUUUGGAAACCAAAGUUGCCGGUGAGCGUGCUUCCCAAUUAGCUUCUGGUUUAUAUCCAAAGUACCACAUUGUGGAUGCAAAGGGAUAUGCUGGGGGUUUAUGGCUUCUUUGGGAUGACAACCAGAUUAUGGUGGACGUAGUAGCAACAAGCUCUCAAGCUAUUCAUACAACUGUUAAGAGGAAUGAGAAAAUAUAUCGGCCACAGAGUUAUGACCCCAACCGGGCAAAAAUCUUAAUUAAAGAAAGGGCGAUGGAGUUCAUCUCCACUUCUCCCUAUCCUACAACUGGUAAUGGCUCCUUGGUUUGCAACAAUAUCAAAUGGGACAAACCCCCUGAGGGUUAUUUCAAGUUAAACACAGAUGGCUCUUCAUUGAGAACUUCUGGGGCUGCUGCUUGUGGUGGAUUGAUUAGGAACUCAUUGGCUAGAUGGGUGGUUGGUUUUGCCAGAAAUAUAGGCAUUACCUCCGCUCUUGGUGCUGAAUUUUGGGGUGUUCGGGAUGGCUUGAUUGUGGCAAGGAAUUGGGGUAUUCAAAACAUUAUUGUGGAGAUGGACUCCUUGAUUGUCUUUUAAGUUACUUUCUAAUUAUGAUUCUGUUAAUCAUCCAUUUCAUACCAUGAUUUUGGAAUGCAGGGAACUGAUGGCUCAAAUCCCUCACGUUCGUCUUCGUCAUAUAUUUAGAGAGGCUAAUCAGUGUGCUGAUCAUCUAGUUGCUAUAGGCCAUACUGUUACGGGGUUUGUUUGUUUUGUUAAUUGCCCACAGGGCCUUGGCUUGUAUUUGGACGCUGAUGUAAGGGGAAUAGACUUUCCCCGGACUU